GUUGUAAUGACUUUUCAGUUAGAAUUGUGAGAACUGUUUGGACCACAAAAAAUUGAAAAAGUAGAGAAUUUUUGGACAAGACAAAAUAACUCAAAACUGUUUUGCAAUACUAGGUUCAACAGUGAGAAAUGUCGAAACCUGUCACGUCAGAAGUUGUUGCAGAGUCCAAUCCUAGUCCUGUUGUUGCGCUGGCCGUCGUGAACUAUUCGAAUCGGCCACUAUUCACUCGGGUCUAUGAACAUCCUGAUUGGGUGUUGCCAAGCCCUAGAACAGGGGAAACAAGGGAGCAACAAUUGCACUAUUUACUGUUCCGUUCGUUAGAUUUUAUUCCUGGACAAGGAAAGAGUGCAAGAGAAAUGACUGCAGACGGUUAUUUAGGUUGUGUGAAUCCACAGGAACCACUUCCUGUGUUUGCAUACGUCACGAAUACUGGUUUGAAAAUUUUGUUGGCAACCACUUCUCGUGGAAUAAAUGAUAUUAAACUGAAGGAGAUUUUGCGAAGUAUCCACAAACUGUACAUAGCGAACCUGCUCAAUCCCUUUUAUGUAUACAAUACUCCUGUUUCCUCAAUGAAGUUUGCCAACAAACUUGAUGAGUUAAGAAGCUUAGUGCAGUAAAUGAACGCUGUUAUUAUUGUCUGAAUGAGCGCUGCUUCAUAUCUCAUUGCAAAUAGUUUAAGCAGCAGUGAAGCUUAUGAAAUUUAUCUAUGACUGUGGUACUUGAGUUCAAUUCCAGUUGCAAUAAAAAGUAAAUUCCUUUCAGAAGAA